CUCAUGAAAAGAAAACCAAAUAUCAAUGUGACACAAUACUAAACUAGUAAACUUACAACAAUAUCACAUUCUUUUUAGCGUCUAUAGAACAAAAAUAUGACCGGGGUGUACCGGGAUGAAAAUAAACAAAUUGGCUGUAUGUCCGGUCUACUUCAAAUCUUUGAUCGUCAGCAAAUGUUGGCCGGAAAACAUGUCCACUCUAGCAAACGCCUUCCUCCUCCUACUGGUGUCGGUGAGUCGAGUUCAGAGUCGCAAACAGACAGUAGUCAAUCAUCUCCGUCGACAAAUGCGAAUAGCCGCCGUCCGACAUCGAAGUCUCCGGUGUUUGAGUUAAAACCCGGAGCACAAAAAUUCGCUAGGCAUUCUCUUGAUAGCAAAACAACAAGUGAUUCAAAUGGAAGCAUUUUUCAGAAAAAUAUUUGUUCAGAAAGUGUUAAUAGUACUAAUACAUUUAUUGACGACGGAGAUGACAAAGAACGACUGCGAGCCCCAAGUGUCAUUGCCAGACUCAUGGGGCUCGAGUCAUUGUCAUCUCCAGAUCAAAACAAAUUAGUGAAGCCUGAUCUACAAAGAUCAGCUUCCGAAUCUCGGGUUUCAAAGUACAUUGAUGACAACAAUUUUCAGCUGAAAAAACCGGGUACUAAUAAUCAGAUACAAAAACAAACCAUACAAAAUAUUGUAGCAAAUGAAGUGUCUAGUCGUGUACGGUCUAAUGUAGACACCUUGAAAAAGAAUUUGAAGACGGAAUGUUCUAAAACGCCUCCUUGGAGGUCGCCAAGAAGCUCAUUUGAUACAACCGAUUUCUUUCCAGCAACAAAUAUGGCAAUGCAGGUGGAUUUCGAGAAGGCGACAAGAAUGGAUGAACAUUCAAAUGAUUUAGGUACAUUGAAACAAAUACUUCAAGUCUUGCAACUCAAAGGUCUUUUGCAUAAUACACCUUUGAAAAAUGACACCCAACAUAAUAUCGUCUACGAUGAAUCGAGCAUUGUUGUCAUGAAACCGUGGCGAGUACAAUCUUCGAAAAUUGAUGCUAGUAAAAGAUAUGGAAAUGGAAGGGGUUCGGUGAUUAGAGGUAGUAGAUCAUCUUCUUUGCCUACUCGAAUCGAGAGUAACUUGAAGAGUUGUAAUUCGAUCGUGAAGCGAAAACCAUUAAGUAUCGAAAUCCAAAGAAGAACUAUUGAUUCACUAAAGUCGUCGCCGACUAAUUCUCCAAACGUUACACCUAAAAGACCGAAUAAAUCUCCAAGAAACCACAACUCGCCAAAACAAAUAUUGUCAACAAAAAACGUUGUUACAAAUGAUAAACCGAACAUCAAUAACACUACUCCACCUUCUGCUACAUUUAAGAGUCCGAAAUGGGAUGGAUGCAUACAAGGAAAAAGUUUGUUACAAAGAUGUGACAAACUGUUACACAACAUAGCCGAAAUGAACAAAAACAGCUUGACCGAGUCGUCACCACCGGUUUUGCCAAGUCCGGUGUCGGUUCUUGACUCGGGGUUUGAUAAGGACGAGUUAGCUUCGCCUUUACACAACAUUGAAUUCAAAGCAAUGUCAACUGACGAUUUUGAUGAGAGUUUGAGCCUUUCAAUAUCACCAACAAAAUUAACAGAACACGAAGAGUUCAUAUCAGAUGAUUCUGACUUCAUUUACAUUUCGGCGAUACUUGGAGCCUCAAAAAACCUUAAUGAAGAUUCAAGUAUCUUUUUCUUAAUCGAGAAACAACUCUAUAACACCUCAAGCACAUCAAAUGUGUCAAAACGCCAUAGAAAGCUCGUGUUUGACAUAAUUGUCGAAAUGCUUGAUAGAAAUAGCGAGUUGCCACCGUGGAAGGCAUCAAUGUCGUCAAUUAAGCAUAUUUGGUCUGAAUUUCUAAAGAUUCGAGAAACAAAUAUUAAGGCUAGUGAUGUGCUAGUAGAUUUGAUCAAUGGUGUUCUAAGAAGAGAUUUAAUCGAAAUCAGUGAAUGGGUUGAUCAUCCUAUUGAGACGUCGGAAGCAGUAUUAGAUGUCGAACGAAUGAUUUUCAAGGAUUUGGUUUGCGAAGCGAUUACAGAUGUUGAUGAGUUUUCAGGCAAAUGUAGGUUUUUGAGGUCACAAAGGAAGCUAGUUUUUUAGAAGUGAACGUUUUGGUUCGAUUUUAUGAUGUUUUUCACCCAUAUAUAUGAUAUAUAUAUAUGUAGUUUUAUUUUUCCAUUUUGUGCUCUAUUAACUUUUGUAGAUGAGUGUUAUAUUAUAGGUUAAUGUAUUGUAACCAUUUAAAUCA